UGCAGGAAGUCAUACGGUGAGCAAUUUUGAUUUGUUGUGAGCGUGGCAGAGCUCUUUCACAUCCCCUCACGCCUCCAGUCUGGCUCACUUUCUUGAGGUAACUGAAGCGUUUCUACAUGAGCCUCCGCAAGCCGAAUUAAGAAGUUGCUGAAACUGCACCCGAAAAACAGUUUCAUCCCGACGGGUCAGCUUUCUUUUCCGCGACGACUAUGAAGUGAAGCCACAUUCCAGGCCAUGUACGCAGGUAGCUUUGCAAUGCGCUCCCUCUUUCUGAUGCUGACGCUGGAGAAUACGUGGGCACAUGCCACACACCUAGUUCCAUUUCCACCUUCUGUAGCUGAAGUUGCCUUGUGGUCACUGGGAACCAACUACACGAUAAAUGCUGGCGUAUCAUUCAUUAUAAAGUGCCCAGUGAUGGAUUGCCAAGACAAUCUUACGAUAAAUUGGUACAGGAACAGUGAAAUUCUGCCUCAAGGACAAAGACACAAUAUUUCUAAGAAAGGCCAUGAUUUUGUUUUGCAAUUUUUACCUAUUUCUAAGAAUGACAGUGGACGCUAUCAAUGUCAAGCUACUAUGGGGGAAAGCAUACUCUCAGGUCAUGAAAUAGAAGUCAUUGUACAAGAAUCUGAAAAUGCUACUGCAGAAGAUAAUGAAGCACCUGGAAAAGGCAUGAAGCCUGAUUAUUUAUUUCCUGUCAUUCCUGGGACCACUGUGCCUCUUCACUUUGAGCUGCUUGGGCCUGCUGUGCUGCGUAAGGAGACAUCAAGACUUCAUCAAGCUGCUGAGCCUUAUGUGCUGCAAUUUCCAGAUGAUGAUCCCAUCUACGGCAAUCAUGCAAUUGCUGGAAUGCCACCAGGGCACCACCCAAGCCUACAUGUGAUGAAUGUGUCUCCAAUACCCGGCAACUCUUACCUCAAAAGAAAGGAAGCCCUUAUUUAUGCAACACUGAGCUAUGGGGAACCUGUUCAGAGACAUGAGCGUUCUGCUGAGAUGGAGUUUACAGAAUAUGCAGAAUAUGCUGCCAUUGGGCUGAAUCACUAAAUGUGGACAACCGCUCAUUGUUUAGCAUCAUAUAGCUUCUUCCACUGUGACUCUGCCAUCUUUCUCACCAGCUCCACUCUGAUCAUUGCUUAAUGCAUGGGUAUCGCACCAUCUAUUUCCACUAGGAGCAUGUGUUUAUUCAUAGAUGCUAUUUAUUAUUUUGGGGUUGUUAAAAUGACUCUCAUGCUGAUGUUAUCUAUUCUGUUUUCAUAAGCUGCUCUGCAAGUCCUAGUUUCCAGAAACCUUGAUCUAAUCAAACCACAUUACGGUUGGUUGCAUAAGCAGCCUAGUGCUUUAUUACUAAAUCCCUUCAGCAAAGAGAGACAAAUCCUGAAAGCAAAUCCCCAUCACUACCUAGCUUUCCAUAGAAUUGGAUGGUGAAAGCUUAGAAAUACUACAACAAAAAGAAAAAGAAAAAUUCUGAGAAAUUGCAACUUCUAUCAACUUUUGUUUGCACUUCCAGUUUACUAAAAGACUGCAGGAG